UGUCUUUGCAUUCUUAACUCUAUGCGCAGUUAGAGCAGCCUCAAUCAGAAUUCAGUAAGAACCGAAAGAUGUGGCGUUUCGUUUUGCUAUUCACCGUGACGCUCGUACAAGCUCAGGCCAAGCAAGAUAGUGAAAAUACGGAAGAAUCAGGUGAAGGAGAUUUAGGCCGAGAUUACAACGUCACAGGGAAUUACACGCAAGUGAACCUAGAUGACAGAGAAGACAGCGGCGAGCGUGUAGGAGCGGCGAUAACCCAAAUCUUUAAACAUCCGUACACGGCAGCGUUACUCAAAAGCGACCGCUAUAUGUGCAGCGCAGUCAUACUCAAUACCUAUUGGUUACUCACGCUAUCCAAAUGCUUUGAAACGGACAUCACGUCAUACGUAACGCAUCGAAACCUAGGAAACUACAAGAUUAGAACCGGCAGCUCCUAUAAUAAUAAAGGAGGAUCUAUUUCGAAAAUAAAAAUGCUUAUAAAUAACUUUGAAUUGAAAGUUUCGGCUGUGAAGUUGGAUGUGCAACUUGUGUUCAGCUCUAGGGUAGAUGCUGUGCGGCUGCCGAGUCCUGAUGAUGAUGUGUCAUUAGGAUUUUUAGCAACAAUGCUAGCUUGGACACCAACUGGGCACUUACGAGUAGUCAACGCACCAGUGAUAAAUGCUGCAAUAUGUGAACCGUCUUCUUUGUGGUCAUCAGGCCGAUACAUAUGUAUGGGAGGAGUGCAGGACCCCAAUAGACACUUUUGCAGGAAAGACAAUGGAGGAGCGGUUAUCCAGAACAACACCUUAAUAGCAGUUGCCUCCUUUCUGCACACUUGCGCGCUGUACACAAAGACCCACGCGUUUCCGAAAGUUUCCACGUUUUCUAGAUGGCUGGACACUGUGAUAUGGGAUGAAAAUAAUCGUCCAACAACAGCUGUAUUAUCGACGACUACUCGAACAACACAGCCGAUACAGAACACAACCGAAAUUACAGAUAACAAGUUAUACGUAGACCCGAGGAAAUUUUUGGUGACACUACCAUUCGAUCCCAUUAACGUUCCCCUUGAACCCGCUGAAGAUAACUCUGUGAUACCAAGGAUGAGUCUAUAUGAAUCUUAUCUCCAAAAUAUCGCAAGAGCGAAGACAUCAACAACGAUCGAUCCAAAUUUACUGGAAGAAGAGAAGAAACAAUGGCUACAGAAAUUCGGCAAAUCUAUAUUAAUGGACAGCAAGCUGUUAAAGAAAUUUGACCAGUUUGAUUACAGUUAA